GCUGUAGAGGAACAUUGAAGAUGAGUUGAGGUGAGCAGCUGAAAGAGGGUGGACUUGGAGGAUGAGCGGUUAAAAGGAAUUCCUCUGUCCUGCAACGCGCUACGGAGCUCCGCUGCAGUCCAUCCUGUGGGAGCGAGGCGGCUUGUGGGUGCGGAUGAGAAACAUCGUGCCCAGGUGGAUGCAGCGGGUCGGGGAGAAACGGGAUGAAGAGGCCGACUGGAGCAGCGGAGGAGCCCGCAGCCACGGGGCUUGGCCUUGGACUGAGGAGCGGCGGAGGGUGGAGGCGCUGGAGUUGAUGCGGGUUGAGAGGAGGACGGGGGCAGUGGGUAGGGCUGUGAACGGGCAUGCCAGCGAGGGAUCUGCCUGACGACAGAAGGUGGGGGAACUUUGGGGGGCGGUUGGAAGCUGAAAAGUGGGUCGUCCGAAUCGGAGGAAUCGGGAUCCAGGAAGAGGACGUCCAUGACCCUCUGUGCAUCCAGAGAUUUGACCCAGGUCUGGGCCUCAUCACACCCAUAAACCCCAUGAUGGCAGGAAUUAGCCUGGUCCCACCUCCACCUGUUCCCCCCGAUGUUCCCAUCAUCAAGGAGAUCAUCCACUGCAAGAGCUGCACUCUGUUCCCCCAGAACCCAAAUCUGCCCCCUCCAUCAACACGAGAGCGCCCCCCCGGCUGCAAGACAGUGUUUGUGGGAGGUUUGCCUGAGAACGCCACGGAGGAAAUCAUCAGGGAGGUGUUCGAUCCGUGUGGUGAGAUCACGGCCAUCCGUAAGAGCAAGAAGAACUUCUGCCACAUCCGCUUCACUGAGGAAUUCAUGAUUGACAAAGCCCUCUACCUGUCAGGGUACCGGAUGAGAAUCGGAUCCAGCACCGAUAAGAAGGACUCUGGGAGGAUCCACGUGGACUUUGCUCAAGCCAGAGACGAUCUGUACGAGUGGGAGUGUAAACAGCGCCUACUGGCCCGAGAGGAAAGACACCGACGCAAGAUCCACGAGGACCGCCUGCGCCUGCCGUCCCCCCCUCCCAUUGUGCACUACACUGAACACGAGGCUGCGCUGCUAGCAGAGAGACUGAAAGACGAUAACAAGUUCAGUGAGGCCACGGCGGUUCUGUUCACCUGGAUUGAACGAGGCGAAGUCAACCGCAGGACCUCCAACCACUUCUACUCCAUGAUCCAGUCGGCCAACAGCCACGUCCGCCGGCUGAUGAGUGAGAAAGCUCUGCAUGAGGAGGAGAUGGAGCGCGCCAAAGAAGCUUUCAAAAACGCCCUGCUGGCCAUUUUAACUCAGUUCGAGCAGAUCACCUCCGUUUUCACCGCUGCCACCAGGCAAAAGGCAUGGGACCAUUUCUCUAAAGCACAGCGCAAGAACAUAGACAUUUGGCGCAAGCAGUGUGAGGAGCUGAGAAAUGCUCACAGUGAGGAGAUCAUGGGGAUCAGACGAGAGGAGGAGAUGGAGAUGUCAGAUGACGAUUCAGAGGAAAUUCCCAGCAAGAGGCUGCGCUCUGAGGAAAACGGAGUUUGCGAUCAGACCCAGGCCUCCCUGAAGGAGGAGAACGAUUCUCUGCGCUGGCAGCUGGAUGCCUACAGGAACGAGGUGGAGCUUCUGAGGAAAGAGCAGAGCAGAGUGGGCCGUCCAGAUGACGAUCACACACAUGUUCCCAGUCCUGAGGCUCAGAUCCAGCUGCUGCAGCAGAGCAUGCACAGCAUGCAGCAGCAACUCCUGAGCCUGCAGGAGAAGCUGUCGAAUAAAGAAGCAGAGCUGGAAGAGACUCGAGAUGAGCACCGUUACCUGGAGGUGGAGGUGCUUUCACUCAGAGAGAAGCUGCUGGGCAGUGAUGGAGAAGUUGCGGAGGGAACCAGUCAAGAGUUUCAUGAAAAGAGCGUUAAUGGGUGCGUCCCGUCCAUGUACCUCAACAGAGACAGGAGGGCUGAGUUCAGGAGAGGAGGAGUAGCUUCAGAGAAAGAGGCAUUGCUUCUGGGUGUUAUAUCAACUUUUCUUCAUGUCCAUCCGUUCGGGGCCAAUCUGGAGUAUCUCUGGUCCUAUGUACAGAGACUAGACUCAAAGGUGUCGGCGGUGGAGCUGGAGCGGCUCAUGGUGCGUCUGCCCAGCAUGUUCAGACAGGAGCUGAGCGGAGUCGGUGCCACUCUGGAGAAACGGUGGAAGUUCUGUGGUUUUGACAGCCUCAGCUCAGCAUGACGCAGGACCAGCACACACACACACUGGACUGGCAGAUCAACAUGAACGUGUGUGUGUGUGUGUGGAGAGGGGUUGUUUCUGGUGACAUUUGUAAGACAAAAUGCCAACAUUUGGGGACAACUGGUGCAUUUGGGG